AUGUCUUCACAGAAGAAGAACGCUUCAGAUAGAUUCAUUCUACGAGAUACUACUCAUACAUAUCAGUUCGAAGCUCUUCAACAGAAGUAUGGGUUUCUGCCGGAAGAAGACAUGACAUUCCCUAGUAAGAAUACCAAUUUCAUCAAUCCUCCUGAAUGGAAGAUUGGCAUUUAUGUGAAGCAUUUAGAUGUUGGGUAUCGUCUUCAAACGUCUAACUUUUUUCGAGAGGUUCUUCAUCAUCAUAAAGUUCAUUUUAAUCAGUCGGUGCCAAACGGAGUGGACAAGGUAGUUGUGUUCGAAAUGUUGUGUCAUGCUCAUGCGAUCACUCUCGAUUUGUGGGUAUUUCGCCAUUUCUUUUAUUUCACAUUGACUUCUUCCAGGGAAAGCUGCACCUUUGUUGUUCGUAAGCAUAGUUGUAACACCUGA